AUGCUCUUCUUGAAGGUGUGGUGGGCACUCAAUCCACGUUAUCUCUGCGUCACUUUCAGCAAAGUAUACGCUCCGAUAACGCCAAUUAUCUUAUCAGUCCAUUUCGAUUACAACUUUGCUGCAGAUGUAUCCUGUGAAAAAAUGCGCGCGCUCGUACAUUUGGCGUUUGUGUUUUUAAUUUAUCACGCGAGUGCCCAAGAAUCCGAAGUGAAGUUGAUAAAGCUAUGUACACACUGCACGUGUAGUGAAAUCCCCGAUGUGGACGGAACCCAUCUAGUGCUCAAUAUACUGUGCUCGGAACUGGACAAGGUGGAUGACCUUGCCGAUUUGGAUAAAAUACAAUGGCCGGAUAAUCCCAACGGACUGAAGAUAUCAGCUACGUUCGAAGGAUUGGGACUGACUACACUCGGGAAGUUGCCUCCAAAUUCUCAAGUGGAAACCUUACGCUUCAGCAAUAAUGCGAUUUCAACAUAUUGGCCUGAUCCUUUUAGUGAUGUACCCAACCUAAAGAUUCUCUCGUUCACACAGAACGACCUUGCCGAGCUAACACCAGAUCUCUUCACAAAUGUGAAAGUGGUAGAGGACCUGGACUUAUCCUACAAUAAACUUACCCAUAUAAGUCCGUUGGACUUCAAACAUAUCCAAAGAGUCAAAAAAUUAAAUUUGCAAAGCAAUUCAUUGAAGAAGUUCCCUACCGAAGCUCUACAAUCGAUGAAUCUGCUAGAAGAUAUUGACUUGGGUAAAAAUGGGAUCGUAGAUGUCUUAUUGAGGAGAGCUAAUAAUAUCGGUUUGAAAGGAGUAAAGAGAUUGAACCUUAGUGGGAAUAAAAUAAGGUCGAUUGUGAAAGACUCUUUCCCGGAUAGUAACUAUAUUGAGCUGCUAGAUCUAUCCAACAACGUAAUAGAAGUAGUAGAGGAGGAGGCGUUUCUAACAUGCACGAGCCUACGAGAAUUGAAUCUUGCGCAGAACAACAUAACGUUUACUUUUGCGCUUCCCGCCUCUCUGCAAAUCGCCAUAUUGAGAAUAAACACUCUUUACCACUGGCCCAGGUUCCCAUCUAAUAUCACAUACAUUGAUUUGUCAUACAAUCGCCUUUCAGCUCUCUAUGAGGACCGUGAUGUUAAUUUUGAUAAUUUGGAGGUCCUCAACAUUGGAGGGAAUCAAAUAAAAGACUUCGACGUGCAAAGUAAGUUACCAAAACUCUUUAGCCUGGAUAUAUCCUACAAUAUCAUACCCGAAGUGCCUGCGUCUAUUAGCAGCCAAAUUUUCCCAAAUUUAGAGGAAUUGAGAUUAGAUGGCAACCCUAUUGAGAGUGUGUAUUUCAAAAAUAUCAUUUCAUUGAAGAAUUUAUAUAUGAACGAUAUGAAUAGGCUGUUUGUGGUGGAGGAUAAAGCGUUUAGUAACGUCAUCGGGCGACCUGGAGACGAAAUCGUGUAUGAGAAGACCUGUUUCUCUUUGUACCUAUCAAAUUGUGCCUCAUUACACGAAAUUCAAGAAGGUGCAUUUGAUGGAACUAACUUAUGCAUGCUCGACAUAAGCAAGAACAAUUUGACGAGGCUGUCCAGAACUCUUUUAGAGUGGCGAUCGCUCAACGAAGGUGCCAACCUUCAGUUCAAUCCAUGGCACUGUUCCUGUGAUAUGCAGUGGGUCUUAGAGGACUUACUACCGCAAAUGUAUAAGAGUAACUCUUUACUGCUUAGUGAAUUCAGAUGUGCCUCACCCAGGCCCUAUGAAGGUUUGCGGCUAGUGCAUUGGUACAAUUGGACGGAACAGGCCAUGUGCGCUGAUGUUUACGGUUCAGACAAUUAUCAAAUUGCGCCGUCGACGAUAAAAUCGUCUCAAAUUAGUUCCUUGACGUUAAUCCUCGCUGGAUGCAUCAUAGCAGCGCUGCUGAUAGCAACUGCGCUCUCCGUAUACCUCAUAAGAAACAGACGAAGACAUAGAGUGAGGCAGGCAGCUUUAAAACGAAAGCGACAAAGCGCUUUAGACGUCAGAGAAGCGAACGGACACGAACAAUUCUCAGCUUUAGAUAAAGUCUGA